AUUAUAGGAAGUCAUAUUUUUAAUCAAGAGAAUCAGUUUAUCUCUCGUUCCCAUAAGACUCAGAGUUAUACAAUUAGGUACUUAGCAUUAAAAAAAAACAAUAAACCAAUCAUUCGUCAAAAAGAGUCGACGGAUAAGAUACUUCUAUUUGCAGUCUUGCAAUUUCUAUUUGAUGAAAAAUGCGAUAUAAAAAGCCGGCUGGAACUGACCAUGGAUCACAGUUCUCGGUUAACUCUUCAACAUGCGCUUGUCAGUAGUAUCCGCCCUCAUCCUGGCCACCUGCUUCCUGGCCUGGAUCGGCAGCUCCGAGGCAGUCUGCUGCAGAUCCAAGGCCAAUCUGAAGUACACGAUCGAGGGCGGCGAUUGUGGAGCUGUGGGUGGCCGCCGGACCUCAGACGGAUGCACCAUUACCAUCUGCGGCAACGGGAGGGCUGUAGUGGGCACUUGGUGCGGCCGAGGAUCCUGCAACAUCUUCGGCUGUGCCUGCAAGGGCGGCUGCCUUAGCGGGGACUUCGCUCUGGACUUUAUCAAGAACAAUCCCGGAUACAAGAUCCAUGUCACGUCCACGGUUCAUAAACCAUAACUACCAUAACACUAUUUCUAUAAGCAAAUUAUAAAUAAAGUAAAAUAAUAUGUAA